AUGCGGGAGGGCAGCUUUCAUGAUGCGCGGGUGAAGGAGGCGGCAUGGGAGUUGGUGGUGGAGCGGCUGAGGAGCAGCGGGGGAGCAACCAGUGGCAUCGGCGGGAGCUAUGGCAGCGGCGGGAGUGGUGGGAACGGCGGGAGCGGUGGGAGCUGUGGCAGCGGUGGGAGCGGCGGGAGCUGUGGCAGCGGUGGGAGCGGCGGGAGCUGUGGCAGCGGUGGGAGCGGCGGGAGCUGUGGCAGCGGUGGGAGCGGUGGGAGCGGUGGGAAGGAUGGGAAGGAUGGGCGUUGGGAUGGCGCGAAGGCGGUGGAAGCAGAGCGGGUGGGCGGAGGCGUGGGAGCGGUGAGCGCGGGACUGGUGGAGUCGUUGCAAGCACACUUCCACAGCCUCCCGCUCUCCUAUGCGAGUGCGGCAGUGGAGCUGUCCCCAUGGGAAGUGGUGCUCCACAGGGACCUUCUCGCCUCUGCUGCACGCCUGCCCGCCUGCAAGCCGCCUGUGGCAGGUGCUGCUGUUGCUGCUCUCGGAGCUGACACUGCGUCUGUUGAUAGGGCACCAGGGAGUGGUGACAGUUUCAGUGGCGCGCGUGGUGUGACGGGAAGGGGUGCUGCCAGUGGCAGUGCGGGGUUGAAUGGCGAUGGUGGCGGUAACGAUGGUGGGCUGUUCUUCUCAUGGCAGGGGUAUGCUGCGCCUGGGGUGGCGGUGAGUGGGGCGGCAGUGAGUGGGGCGGCAGUGAGUGGGGCGGCAGUGAGUGGGGCAGUGUUCAUGCCUGGGUCAGGGUCGAAGCAGCAGGUGCAAGGGGAAGUGGCAGCAGUGCGAGGCGAUAGCUGUGAAGGUGGUAGUGCUGCAGCAGGUCUCGUGCAGCUGUUACUAUCAGAGCGGGGCCUCAUGAGGGAGCAGCUGGGCCACUUCCUGCUCGACCCUCUGCGCCUUGACCUCGGCCCGCUCAUUGCAACGGGUGCCUCGGGGGAGGUGCGCCGAGGCAGGUACGCGGGCGAGCCCGUGGCUGUGAAGAUUCUCAAGGCGGAGGCCAGGAGAGAUGGAGCCGUGGCAGGGGUUGGGGCGGGAAUGGGAGGUGGGGUCGGAGCAGGCGGGGUUGCGGGUGUGGGUGGUGGGCGGGGAGGUGGGAGAGGGAGGGGAGGUCGGAAGUGGGGAGCCAGCGCAACUGCCUCUGCUGCUCUGACUGCCACUACUGCUGUUGCUUCGUCUGGUGCUGCCAGUUGCAGUGAGUUCCCAGGCGUUUCAGGCCCCAGCAUCACCGGCAGCAGCGGUGACAGAGCUGCCGGCAGCAGCGGUGCGACAGCGCGGGCAGAGUUCCGGAGAGAGGUGAUGGCGAUGGUGUCGUGUGGGCAACGGUGCCCGCAGCUGCUGCGCUUCUACGGCGUGUGUGUGGAUGUGCGGCGCCGCAUGUGCAUCGUCACCAAGCUCAUGCCGGGCGGCACGCUGCACGACCUGCUGAGGAGGCGCAACGGCGUGGGCCUGCCGCUGCCGCAGCUGCUGCGUGUCGCGAUGGAUAUUGCUCUGGGGAUGCGGUUUCUGCACCGCCAUGGGAUCAUUCACCGCGACCUCAAGACGGCCAAUGUGCUACUGGACGAGCAGGGUCGGGCAGUGGUGGGGGACUUUGGAGUGGCACGGCUGGUGGGAGACGGAGCAGAGAUGACCAAGGAGGUGGGCACAUACCGCUGGAUGGCCCCUGAGGCCUUCGGCACCACGGGACACUGGUCCGUCACCCCUCGCAGCGACGUCUACAGCUUUGGAAUUGUUCUAUGGGAGCUGCUGACUGCGCGGUUACCCUACGAGAGUUACUCGCCUCUGCAGGCUGCAGUGGCAGUGGCACUGAAUGGGCUGCGCCCGGCGAUACCUGCUGGGUGUCCUGAGGGGCUGAGGCGGCUGAUUGAGGCGUGCUGGGCCAGGGACCCUGCGGAGAGGCCUGACUCAGAGGAUGUGGUGCGUGUGGUGCGAGGAUUAUGGCGGGAGUUGCUGGGGGAAGAGAGUGUGGAGGAGGACAAGGAGACUAGUGGGGGGGAUGGGGAGCAGGUUGUGAGUGGUGGGAGAUGA